UAUGUCAAUACUCGAUUGGUCACCACGAUUCUACAAAAGAUACUGACGCGAGAACAGCUUCUGUCUGGACUUGAUUUGUGCAUGGACUUCAAUCCCGACAACUACGUUCCAUCCUGGCCAUCUUGGAUCUUCCUUCACCAACCUGGUUGUGUGAACACAGCGACAGUAACUACGGCUGAGAGGCAAGAGGCAUUGCCCUACUCGCAGCAUGAGACAAAUGGGUGGACCUUCACUUGUUCAAACCGGACAACCAUGGGACGGCAAUUUCCGAGUGCGGUCACAGUGUCCACUUGCAAGCGUCCUCUUGAGCAUUCCUCUCUUCGAUUCUUACCGCCAUUGUCCCCCUCCCUCAUCCACACCGCUUCCACUUAUGGCCGCAACAAACGGAUAUCUGGGCGUCACGCCGCCAAUCUCAGUAAAUGAAUCAACAGAACGAGAAAAGGAAGUCACCGUAAGCCUUAUGGAAGAGCUGCAUAGGCAGGGCGUUUUCGAAAGCGAGGAAGAGGCCAGGACUAGGGAAAUCGUGCUUGGACGUCUGGCCGCUAUUGUAAAGAAAUUCGUCCGCAAAGUCUCGCUGGCUCAUGGAUUGUCUGAAGCGGCUGCAGACGCCGCCGGUGGCAAGAUCUUCACUUUCGGUUCAUAUCGCCUUGGUGUGCAUGGACCUGGGUCCGAUAUUGAUACGCUAUGUGUUGUGCCGAAACAUGUGUCCCGUGAAGACUUUUUCGACGUCUUCGAACAAAUCCUGAAGGAGACUGAUGGUGUGACUGAAGUUUCGGGUGUACCUGAAGCAUAUGUGCCCAUCAUCAAGAUCAAAAUUCAAGGCAUUCCUAUUGAUCUCCUCAUGGCGCGGUUAGCGUUGUCGUCAAUACCGGAUGACCUGAGUCUGCAAGAUGACAACCUUUUGCGAAAUCUAGACGAACGAUGCAUUCGAAGUUUGAAUGGUUCUCGGGUUGUCGAUGAGAUUUUGCGUCUUGUGCCGAACGUUGAAGUCUUCCGAGAUUCUCUGCGAUGUAUCAAACUAUGGGCUCAGAGGCGAGCCAUCUACUCUAAUGUUAACGGUUUCCUUGGGGGUGUCGCAUGGGCCAUGCUAGUCGCUCGAAUAUGUCAGCUGUACCCCAAUGCAAUUGCUGGUGCAAUUGUCAGCCGCUUCUUCAUUAUCAUGUAUCAAUGGACUUGGCCACAGCCCGUCUUACUGAAACAGAUUGAGGAUGGACCUUUGGCUGUCCGAGUCUGGAAUCCCAAGCUAUAUCCUGCAGAUAGAUCGCAUCGAAUGCCUAUAAUUACCCCUGCCUACCCAUCAAUGUGCGCCACCCACAACGUUACCGCCUCAACACAGAUGAUUAUGACAGAAGAAUUCAAGAAAGGUUCCGAAAUUGUUGACAGGGUAAUCGUAGGGACAGCCGAAUGGUCUGAACUCUUCACCAAGCAUGAUUUCUUCCACAAAUACCGCUAUUAUCUGCAAGUCAUAGCUUCAACAGGAAGUCCAGAUUUACAAAUUAAAUGGUCGGGAACAGUAGAAUCUCGAAUACGGCAAUUGGUCAUGAAACUAGAAUAUGUUGACUCGCUCAUUCUAGCGCACCCAUUUAUCAAGGGCUUCGAGCAGGUCUCAUACUGCCUCAACGGCGACGAGGUGCGCGCAGUCGCCCAAGGUGACAUUUCGGAAGCCAUCGCGAAGCGAAAGAAGGAAGAUAUUGAAGGCAAGGAGGGUGCAAGCACGGUAUACUCCACAACAUUUUUCAUCGGCCUUGCCAUUGAGCCGAAGCAACCUGGUACUGUUGGGCCUCGCAAACUCGAUAUAUCUUACCCUACUACUGAGUUCACCAAACUCGUCAAGAUGUGGGAAAAGUACGAUGAAGCUACAAUGGGCAUCGUCGUACGGCACAUCAGGAGCUCGACACUUCCUGAUUACGUCUUCGAUGAGGGUGAACGACAACCUCGAAGUGCGCAGAAGCGUCCCAAGACAGGGAAGGGUUCUGGCAAAUCGAGUAAUACUUCGCCAGAUGUGCCGAGCAAGAGACGACGGUCAGUUGCUUGGCUUUUCCUUGUUGUGUGGCUAAACUUCCAUGUUUCUGCGUGUCGUAUACAGGGCAUCGCAUGCUGUCACGUCUGAUUCUGUAUCAACCACUGCUCAGCUCAAGAUUACCCAAAAUGGUGUCACACCGUCCAACAACUCGGUGCCUGGGCUGGAAUUUGCUUCAAGUACCUCUGCCGUCUACAGUCCUGCCGUCAAGGAUCCUUCGCAUAUCAAGUCUCCGCAGCUACCCUUCGGUGAAAACGUUGCCGUUGCCACUAGCGCUGCCGUGUCAUGACAUUAGGCCAACCUAUAUCCCUUCACCUCUGUAUGGCAACGUGCAAACUCCGACAUAGAGGCUCCCUCCUUUCGAUAACCCGAAGAAUCCUAGAGAAGUGUUCCGCAUUGGCCCACCAGGAAUGUUUGAACUUGAAAAUCAUUGACCUUGGUUUAGAUUACCCUUUUUGUACAGCAUAGUCGGUCGUCGAGGGUUUCACUUUGCACAGGGGACGUGGUAGGGUAAGAGAACCGAUUCCUUCCUCCAGGCAAUCUUCGCACGUUCCUUCCGCUUCUCCAGAUGGUGCAAUGUCCCCUCUACCUCCUCGCUGGCUUGGAUUCAUAAUUUCCUUGGGACCGUUCCGAAUUCUGUAUUCUCCUUAUGAUUAACAACAGUUGUGUAUUGUAACCCGUCGAAUCUAUACGCUAUCUUUGGCUUUAGU